AUGUACCUGAAUGGGGAGAAGAUCGUCGACAACGACGGUUGCCAUGGUGAAAGGGAAAGGAGCAGCGGCAAGCAGUUCCUUUCCGCAGGUGCCCACUACCUGGUCGUGGACAUGUGCGAGAAAAAAGGCGGAGAAGCCUUCAAGAUGCGGUACGAAGGGCCAGACACCGACAACAAGAAGAAGACGAUCCCGGCGUCUGUGCUUAUGCACGAGCCCAAGGCCCGGUGCCAGGGUUUAGGGUUUAGGGUUUGGGGUUUGGGGUUUAGGGUUUAG